AUGCUGUUUUUGCUGGUCGGACUGGUCAUGACAGUCAACCUCUUGGCCUUGAUGUACACCAAGGGCUCGCAUAUCCGAACAAGACUCUCAAAAGUUGGCAUCGAUAAACUUCGUCAGGCCAUGGGGAUUACUUCAGAUGGCAACGGUCCAAUCACAAACGAUAUAAACAAUUACGAAGUGCGCAUGCCCAUAGUGUACACGCAGUAUGACCUUGAAAAUGUGACAAUAACGCCCUUGAAGUCUCCUCGAAUUCCUUGGAUUAUUCACCAGACAUGGAAAGACUCCGUCAUCCCUGCGUCUUAUGUCGAAAUGGUGAAAAGCUGGCGUAAGACACAUCCUGAUUGGCAGUAUUGGUACUGGACGGACUCCGCUGCCCGGGAAUUUCUCAAACAAAAGUAUCCACGAUUCUUGCCGAUCUUUGACGGAUACUCACGAAAUAUCCACCGUGCUGACGUCAUCAGAUAUUUCAUCCUGUACGAAUAUGGCGGAUGGUAUGCCGACCUUGACGUUGAGGCUUUGAAACCUUUAACAAAUUUCACCUUUGCUCAUAAUUGCAUUCUAAGCCAUGAGCCUAUGCUGCAUACGAUAUUCGUCUGGAGGCGAGAGAGGCUUGCUUGCAAUGCGCUCAUGGCGUGCAGGCCCCACCACCCCUUCAUGAAGCGCGUCAUAGACAAACUCCCGGAAUAUUUCAUAAGUGAUAAAGUAAAAGACCCUGUCAUUGGGAAAACUGGCCCCGUCAUGCUGGAUAACAUUCUAACAGAAUAUCGCACGACGGUUAAAAAUUACACGAAUGCGGACACCGUAUAUUUAGCUCCCCCUGACAUCUUCCUUCCAACUAUGGACCCCAUCCAAGUCAAAUCCAUCAGAACGAUAUGCAGCAAUGAUAAUAAAGUCAAACAGUGGGAAAAUAAGUUUAAAAUGAGGGAGAACAUCCUGAAAGAGUUAUGUGCAUUUAUGGACGCGGGUGAUCGAUAUCGGAAUAAACCAUUGACCAUUUCUUACACGGAUCAUCACUGGAUGCACGGCAAUGGCGGAAACCCUAAAAAAGCCAAACACGUUUAUGACAUCAUUGACAAUAUAGUUAAUGCGCAUCUUAUGUUAGCGGAUAAGAAACGUAGUUGA